AUGUGCCAACACCGCGACCGGGCCCCGGCACCCAACCAACACUGCAACCAGGCCCUGGCACCCAACCAACACCGCGACCAGGCCCCGGCACCCAACCAACACCGCGACCAGGCCCCAGCACCCAACCAACACUGCACUGGGCCCCGGCACCCAACCAACACCGCGACCAGGCCCCGGCACCCAACCAACACCGCGACCAGGCACCGGCACCCAACCAACACUGCACUGUGCACCGGCACCCAACCAAAACUGCACUGGGCACCGGCACCCAACCAACACCGCAACCAGGCCCUGGCACCCAACCAACACUGCGACCAGGCCCCGGCACCCAACCAAGACCACAACCAGGCCCCGGCACCCAACCAACACCGCAACUGGGCACCGGCACCCAACCAACACCGCGACUGGGCACCAGCACCCAACCAACACUGCAACUGGGCACCAGCACCCAACCAACACCAUAACCAGGCCCCGGCACCCAACCAACACCGCGACCAGGCCCCGGCACCCAACCAACACUGCACCGAACACCGUCACCCUGCCAAGGCUACAACUGGGCACCAGCACCCAACCAACACUGCAACUGGGCACCGGCACCCAACCAACACCUUACCGGCGCCGGCACCCUGCCAACGCCUCAACCGGGCACCAGCACCCCGCCAGCACCGCAUCCGGGCACCAGCACCCCGCCAACGCUGCACCAGCUGGGACCCGGCCUGGGAAAGGCGCUGCGGGUCCCAGGGGGUCCCAGGGAAGCGCCGCAGGGCUGUGCCGGGCCGGUGCGGCGUGCCGGGGUCCGCCGGGACCCCCCCCCAGCCCCGCUGCGGGGCCGUGCCAGGCGCGCUGCCGUGCUGCGGGGCUUUGCAAGGCUCGCGCCCGGCGCUGCAGGAUUGCACAGCACCAGCACCCGGCGCUGUGGGGCCACGCAGGGUUUGCAAACGGGGCUGCAGGGCCGCGCAGGACCAGCACCCAGCACCACAGGGCCACUCAGGACCAGCACCCAGCACCGCAGGGCCACGCAGGACCUGCAAAUGGUGCUGCAGGGCCAUGCAGCACUUGCAAACGGUGCUGCAGGACUGCGCAGCACCAGCACCCAGCACCGCAGGGCCACUCAGGACCAGCACCCAGCACCACAGGGCCACUCAGGACCAGCACCCAGUGCUGCAGGGCUGCUCAGGACCAGCACCUAGCACUGAAGGGCCACUCAGGACCAGCACCCAGCACCGCAGGGCCACUCAGGACCAGCACCCAGUGCUGCAGGGCUGCUCAGGACUAGCACCCAGCACCGCAGGGCCACUCAGGACCAGCACCCAGCACCACAGGGCCACUCAGGACCAGCACCCAGCACCACAGGGCUGCUCAGGACCAGCACCCAGCACUGCAGGGCUGCAUGAGGCUCCUGCCUGGUGCUGCAGUGCAGGAUGCGGCCCCGGGGCCCAAGGCAGAGCCCACAGCCCACGGCUCAGCACCCGGGGCCAGAGUGGGGGGGGGCCCACGUCCCGCCUCGCCUCCUUUACCACCCGGCAAAGCUGGGCCCCGCGGUGCCCCCCGCCACGGCCGCCCCACGCCGAGGGGCCCCCGAGCCCCAAAAAGCCCCGGUAG